CACAUCACAUCACAUCACAUCACAGCAGCAAUUACAAUGGCUCCGUCUACACUUCUUCCCGCAGAGGCUGACAGGCCGCCCAUUUUUGACCUGUUUGACACUCUCAAGGACUCUUUCAUAGGCACCCAACUCGGCCACGACCGCUGGUACAUGCUCGCCGUAGCCGCCAUUGUCGGCGGCAAUGACCCGGAGCGCUGCGACCAGUUGUACCUCUACCUCGCCACCCAACCGCAGUUCCAGACCCCGGACCAGCGACGGGGCAUGGUGCGCCGCCUGCGGGAGGCGCUCUUCAAGGUCAUCUGCCUCGUCGGGGUCUGCAAGCCCCUCGAGGCCAUCAUCGCGAUCAACCAGGUCGAGCGGGACGAAGACAAAGACACGGGUAGCCCCCCGACGCGGGAAGGGUGGCAGUGCGACGAGGCCAACCUGGAGCGGGGGAUGGGGUGGAUGAAGAAGAUCUACACGGGCAACCUGGACAGCACGCUCGACCUGUUCAAGGACCACCCGGACUUCUCGUGGGUCAGCAGGCACAUCACGUACGGCCUGUACCUGAGCGAUCGGCAGGUGCUGGACGACCUGGACACGGAGAUUGUGGUGUUUUGCGGCAUCAUGAUCCAGAACCUGCGGACCGAGACGCACUGGCACAUCCGCGGCAUCCAGCGACUCGGGGUCAGCAAGGAGGAUGUGCAGGUGCUGUGGGACGACGUGCACAAGGUGGCAGAGUUCUUUGGGAUGAGACUCAACAGGGUGCCCACUGUCGAGUCGGUGCAGUAUGAUGUGUGAGGGACGAGAGAGAGAGAGUGCCAACGACGCAGCAGAUCAUGCGUGCCUCUACCUAUCGUCGACUUUGACCGUCCAAGAUUUCCCGAGCGCGCUGGCCUGUGGAUUCGUGAGACGAUGUGCCAGAGCCAUCACCACCUGGGCAGUAAUAUCUGGUCAGCUGUUUUAUACUCUGGUAAGAAUGAUGUAAGCCCAGAUGCAUUCUUUCGGAUCACUUGAGGACGAGGCGGUGGACGGGUACGUACCUUAGUUGAAAAGUGGACCCGAAACAUUGUGGUGUCACCGGCGGAGCUGCAGACUUUUCCCCGGCAC